AUGGAAUCCAUUGAGAAGAAGACUUCUCAGGACGAAGCUCCGGGGACGAAUGAUGGUAGCCGAGAACCGGCCUCACCCGAGUACGUGGAAGGCCUGCCUUUAGUCUGCAUCAUCAUUGGUCUUACCUUGGCUGUCUUUUGCCUAUCGCUGGAUCGAACUAUCCUCGCAACUGCAGUCCCUAAGAUCACCACCGAAUUCAAUUCUCUCAACGACGUAGCCUGGUAUGGCUCGUCAUACCUCCUGACGACCUGCUGCUUUCAGCUCAUGUUCGGCAAGCUGUAUGCCGAGUUCAGAGUGACCUGGGUGUUCCUUUCUGCUCUUGCCUUCUUCGAACUGGGGACUAUCGUCUGCGCCGCCGCCCCAAACUCAGUGGCCUUAAUCAUUGGGAGAGCGAUCUCUGGGAUAGGCUGCGCCGGUUUACUCUCGGGAACGUUCAUCAUCAUAGCACAGAGCUUCCCGGUGCACAAACGCCCCAUCUACACUGGUAUGAUUGGAGGUAUGGCCGGCGUUGCUGAAAUCAUCGCUCCCACCCUCGGAGGUGCAUUGACGGAUAACGCUACCUGGCGCUGGUGCUUCUGGAUCAACCUACCACUUGGCGCAAUCACAGCUGUAGUCGUCUUCUUGUACGUCAAGCCUCCUGCCGACGCGGAGCCCAAGCAGCCGAAGUCCAUCGGUGCCCUCCUCAACAGCAUGGACCCCAUUGGUACUGUCCUGCUGAUGCCCUUCAUGGUCUGCCUGCUACUGGCUCUUCAAUGGGGUGGUACAACGUUCGCGUGGAGUAACUGGCGGAUCAUCCUAUGCCUGUGCCUAUUUGGCGUCCUCUUCCUCGCGUGGCUGGGCAUCCAGUAUUUUCGGGGAGACGACGCCACCUUGCCGCUUCGCCUCAUUCGCCAACGAUCUGUCGCGAGCGGCAUGGUCUUCAUGCUUGGAGUCAACGGAGCUGUCUUCGUUAUCGUGUAUUAUGUCUCGAUUCGGUUCCAGGUGGUUAAAGAUACAACGGCGGAACAGUCUGGCAUCAACUUCUUGACGUCGUCGACCGCCGUGUCUGUGUCUUCAAUCCUCUCAGGAGUUCUGACAUCAAAGCUUGGAUAUUGGGUACCGCAGAUGAUCUUUAGCACGAUCGUUACCUCGAUUUCUUCGGGGUUUAUCUUUAGAUAUAAAGUUGAGACAACUACCGCGUACUGGGCGGGAACUCUCUUCAUGUUCGGCUUCGGUGCAGGUAUGGGCAUGCAGAUGCCUCUCGCAGCUAUCCAGACGGUCCUCAAGGGCGCCGACGUGUCCCUAGGCACCUCCAGUCUUAUUCUCGCACAGACUCUCGCCGGUUCCAUCUUUCUCUCUGUUGCGCAAAGCUUGUUCCAAAGCAGACUUCUGAUUGAGUUGGCAGCGCAAGCGCCGCAAGUCGACGCCCAAGUUGUCAUCGGGCAUGGUGCGUCUGGGAUUAAGGACAUGGUGGCAGAAAGGUACGGCGGUGCAGCUGCCCUAGACGUGCUUGGGGCGUACAACCACGCAUUACGUGCGUGCUUCUUGUUGUGCAUCGUUCUCUCCUGUUUGACUGGUAUUGGUGCACUGGGAACGGAAUGGAGGAGUGUCAGAGAGGACGCACCAAAGGACACGGUUGACGAUAGACAGACCGCGUCUGAUGGCGAGACAUCGCGCAGCGACAUUUGAGGACGAGACCGAUCAGCGAUAUCUCCGGAAUUCCCUC